GAAUGACUUUAGAUGGCGUAAGUCCCAGUAUUCUUGUGAGCGAUCUUUUGUCGGCUUAGGUAUAAAAGUAGCAGGGUUUGUGCCAAGGGGUAUGGACAGAAGCUUGACGUAUCACUUUGACUAUUGAUGAUCAUGAUCACUUUUGAAUUGAGUUCUUAUAUCUGUUCAAAAUCCGUAAAUUCAGUACUCCCAAAUGGCGUGGUUAAAUUUAGAGUUGUAUGUAUGAAUGACUGCACUGCCUCACAGUGUUAAUCUAAAAACAUUAAUCAAUGGAUGUGGAUGGAUGGAUGUUUUAUCUCUGCGGUUGUAACGGACUUUACUCGCAUUACUGCUUACGCCAUUCAUCCCGAUUGUGAUAUGCUAUCUGGUUACGGUUGUAUUCCGUUAAUCGUUAUGAUUCACCAAUGUUUUCAGUUCGAUACUGAUUUUAGGGCACUGUUAUCAACACGUGAAAAAUCCGUGUUCCACGUCUAGCGCGUUUCGAGAAGGUAUAUAAACUCAAUGUCACAAUUAAGAUCGCCAUCAUUUAGUUUGUACUGAUCUAAGAACAUGUUCAACAUGAAAGUGCUGUUGCUCUUUACCAUCGGGGUGCUGGUCGUUUCCACGACUUUUGCGACCAUAGAACCAAACUUGUCCCGCGGUCGCCCGUCUGAAGCUCCGUCAGUGAAUUUCAUAUUAAUAGAUAGGCUUCUCAACGUAAUCGAUUCUUUCGUGAGGAAAACUUUGGACACGAUCCGGGACUUCCAGAAAAGGUUGGAAGACGUGAUUAGUGAUGCGAUUAAAAAGGUGGAAGACGAAUUACAACUGUCUCUGGAAUGUUUGAAUGUUACAAAUUUGGGUGAUCAUGCGACUCCACGGUGUUCCGUGGGGUUACGCGAAGUUCUAUACAAUGCUUCCACGGAGGGACAAGACACUGUUACUAAGUGUUACGAUCAAUUUACGUCCCAGAUUAGUUCUCUGCGCGAGAAUCAGGAUAAGCAGAUCGACUCGAUGGUCGCAAAAGUGGAGAAAGUUCGGGACGAUGCCGCACAAUGUAUGGAAAAUAACUCGUUGCUUGGCAGAUUGCGAUGCCUGACGUAUCUUAUCGAGGAUAUUGCCGUUCUUGGGAAAGAAAUUUGGUCCGAUUUCGAAGAACUGCUGGAUGAUUCUAUCAGAGAUACGAAAACAUUGACCAAAGAUUUCGGUGAUUGCAUAAAGAGUGUAUGCAGCCCUCAACACGAAGAAGUCAAAAAGUUGUGUACAAGUGCAUUAAUAGAAUAAAUGUGAAAUAAACAAAUCAACCGGAAAAAGUCUAUCAGUAUUGUUCUGAAAAUAACUUUAUAUUGUGAUUGCUUGGUGUAAUGGAAUUGAGAAAUGCAGUGACAUGUUAGGCGUGACGCUAACCACUCGACCACGGGAGCAACAAUUUUGGCU